CAUUCACAGGCCCAAAUUUGGCCUGCCCUGGUCCCUUAUGAUGGCGCUUGGAGCCACGACCCAGUGAACAGCCUCCUCUUCGCCUAGUCGCACAUCCCAUUCUCGGUAGAUACAGAUCGAUCCGGCGAUUACAGAAACAUGUCCAGGUUUCAAAACAAUUCUCCGAGAGGCCUACUGGUCUUUGUUGUCGAUGGAGGCUCAGUGUGCGGCUCAUUGUAUAAAGACGUUCGCCAUACCCCUUGAUUUAGGCCUCAGACAACACAAACCCAAAGGUACGAACAGCAGCUCUUUCGUUUUCACUCUCGAGGAUAUCUCCUACCUUUCGUUCCUCAUACGUCACUGUCGUUCUCCUGCGCCAGCUCUACCUUAAUCAUAAUAUCCUCCUCGGUCGCUUCCAUUACUCUCAUCUUCAUCCUCCCCCCGUCUUUCUAUAUCUCCGUUCCAGUCAUAACUUUCUUGUCUCGAUAGUCUUUUCUUUCAAUUGGUCAACAUGCCUAAGAUUGAAAAGGGUCCGGCGCACCGCCUUUCUGUAUCGACCGCAUCAGCCGCAGGCGGAACUCGGAGCUCCUCCUGGUCAGCUAAAGAUGACGAAACACUUAUCCAGGCCAGGGCACAGGGCCUCAACUGGAACCAAAUUGGACCGAAACACUUCCCUUCCAAGACCCCCAAUGCUUGUCGCAAACGGCACGAACGGUUGAUGGAGAGGCAGAAUGCAGAGCAAUGGGACGGCGUGAAGCUGGACGUGCUAGCACAAGCCUAUAUGGAAGUGCGACGGGACAUGUGGAGUAUGCUAGCUGCCCGGGUUGGAGAGAAGUGGCAACUGGUAGAGACAAAGUGUAUGGAGAAGGGGCUAAAGAAUCUUACUCAGGCCUAUAGGUCAGCGCAGAAGAAGCUCGAGAAUGGUACCUACCACGACCAUGAAGAUAGUGGAGUAGGCGUUUCUGACCUCGAAGAAGAACAAGAGGAUCAUCAUGUGGACUUGCACACCCUGUCCACAAUCCCCGAUACUCAUUACUCCGCAUACCCAAGCUACCCUAUGCAGCGUCAACAACGAGUACCGAGCAUCCAGUCCAUGCUGCAACCGAUGCAACAGCACCAACAGCAUCCCAUGCAACAAUCGAUGCAGCAGCCAAUGCAACAAUCAAUGCAACCAUCGAUGCAGCAAAACAUGCAGCCGCCGAUGCAGCAGACCAUGCCGCAGCAGAUGCAAUACUCUCCGCAUUCGCAUCAUCUUCCGCACCAGCAAUGA